GAAAAAAACAAAGAAAGAGAAAAAUUUUAUUUUUAAAGAUUAAUUUUAUUUUUUUAAGGAUGUUUCACGUAUAUCAUUAACAGAAGCAAAUGAUCCAAGAAAACUUGCUUAUGAAACAUAUAGAAUUAAUCGAGAUGAAUAUUUAAUAUUAUGUAAAUAUUUAUCACCUUGGUAUAUUGGUGAACAACCAGAAAGUUUAGCAAAUAAAUUAUUUGAUUUAUUUAAUUUAAAUGUUCAACCAGAUCAAAUUGAUUUUAUUCAUUUUAUUCGAUUAUGGAGUAUUUUAUGGAAUGAAGAUUUUAAACAUAAAUUAAUUAUUUUAUUUCUUUCACAUUUAGAAGAUGAAAAUAAAAGAAAAGAAGCUUUUAAUAUUUUAUUCGAAUCAACGUCUGCUCAUCGUUCGUCAUCAGUAAAUAGUGAGAAUAUAUCACUUGAAUCAAGUAUAUCAACUAAUGAGCAAAUGCCCUCAUUGUACAUAGAAAAUGGAGAAAUUACAUAUCUUAAACCUAGUCAAUUACCUUUAAUGAAUCAAACUGAAUUUAUACGUCUAUGUAAAUCAAUAUAUAAUUUAAUGACUGGAGCCGCUAAUGAGGAAAAUUUAUUUAGAGCACUAGCAACUUCAAGUACACUUCUUUUAAAAAUGGGUGAAAUAUGUAAAUCUUCUCCUCGUCAAGUAGAAACAAAUGAUACUACAACAAAUGAAAUGGAAAAUGAAUGGAUAAUUAAUUUUGAACAAUUUGAAGCUACAAUGAAUGCUGAAACUUGUUUAGUUACAUGGUUUGAAAAUAAUAAUGGUAAUAAUUUAUCACUUGAAAAACGUAUUCAUAAUUAUCUACAAGAUAUUCAACGAUGA